CACACCCCCGGCACGGCUGAGGGGGCGCGCGGUGCACGCCGGGACGGCAGCGCGCGCCGCGGCCGGGAGGAGGCGGAGGAGCCAAGAUGGACGCCGGGUUCUUCCGCGGAACCAGUGCAGAGCAGGACAAUCGCUUCAGCAACAAGCAGAAGAAGCUGUUGAAGCAGUUGAAGUUUGCAGAAUGCUUAGAAAAGAAGGUGGACAUGAGCAAAGUAAAUCUGGAAGUAAUCAAACCAUGGAUAACAAAACGAGUAACAGAAAUCCUUGGAUUUGAAGAUGAUGUAGUAAUUGAAUUUAUAUUCAACCAGUUGGAAGUGAAGAACCCAGAUUCCAAAAUGAUGCAAAUCAACCUGACUGGUUUUUUGAAUGGGAAAAAUGCUAGGGAGUUCAUGGGAGAACUGUGGCCACUGCUAUUAAGUGCACAAGAAAACAUUGCUGGUAUUCCAACUGCAUUUCUGGAACUGAAGAAAGAAGAAAUAAAACAACGACAGAUAGAGCAGGAGAAACUGGCUUCCAUGAAGAAACAAGAUGAAGACAAAGAGAAGAGAGAUAAGGAAGACAAAGACAACAGAGAGAAAAGAGACAGAUCCAGGAGUCCAAGAAGACGCAAGUCCCGCUCUCCCUCCCCGCGGCGGCGGUCGUCGCCCGUGCGCCGCGAGCGGAAGCGCAGCCACUCCCGCUCCCCACACCACCGCACCAAGAGCCGCAGUGCCACCCCUGCCCCCGAGAAGAAAGAGGCCACUCCUGAGCCAGAGCCCUCCGUGAAACCAAAGGAGACUGUUGUGCAAGAGGCAGCUUCAAACAGUGAUAUCCCAAAAGCUCCUAAACCUGAACCACCUGUACCAGAGACUAAGGAAACUUCACCAGAACGUAAUUCAAAGAAGGAGAGGGAGCGGGAGAGGGAGAGGGAGAAGGAGAAGGAGAAGACUCGUCAGAGAUCCCCAUCUCGGUCCAAGUCCAGGUCAAGAUCCCGGUCCCGUUCUCCAUCUCAUUCUCGACCCAGAAGGCGCCAUAGAUCACGGUCAAGGUCUUACUCCCCUAGAAGGAGACCCAGCCCGCGGCGCCGGCCGUCCCCGCGCAGGAGGAGCCCGCCCCGGAGGAUGCCUCCCCCACCCAGGCACAGGAGGAGCAGAUCCCCCGUGAGGCGGAGAAGACGCUCCUCGGCCUCGCUGUCCGGCAGCAGCUCCUCCUCAUCCUCGUCGCGCUCCCGCUCUCCACCAAAGAAGCCUCCCAAGAGACCCGUGUCCAGCCCCCCCCGCAAGACGCGCCGGCUGUCCCCCUCGGCCAGUCCUCCCCGGCGCCGCCACCGGCCCUCGCCCCCCGGCAGCCCCCCGCCCAAGCCCCGCCGCUCGCCCACCCCCCAGCAGUCCAACCGCGCCCGCAAGAGCCGCGGCUCCACCUCGCCCAGCAGGGCUUCAGCACCCAAACAUAAGAGUACUGAGAAAAGAGAGUCUCCUUCGCCAGCACCCAAGCCCAGGAAAGCAGAAUUGUCGGAAUCAGAAGAAGACAAAGGAGGCAAAAUGGCUGCAGCAGAUUCUGUCCAACAGAGGCGCCAGUACAGGAGGCAAAAUCAACAGUCUUCAUCUGAUUCUGGUUCUUCAUCUUCCUCAGAAGAGGAGAGGCCCAAGAGGUCGAAUGUGAAGAACGGGGAGGUGGGCAGGCGCCACCGGCACUCGCACUCGCGCAGCCCCUCGCCCCGCAAGCGCCAGAAGGAUUCCUCCCCUCGCAGGAGGAGGAGGAGCCCCUCGCCGCCCCCCGCGCGCCGGCGCCGCUCCCCUUCCCCGGCGCCCCCGCCCCGGCGCCGCCGCUCCCCGUCCCCGCCGCGCCGAAGGUCUCCAUCACCACCCCCCCGCAGACGUUCUCCCUCUCCACGGAGAUACUCCCCCCCGAUCCAGAGGCGAUAUUCCCCAUCUCCCCCUCCCAAGAGGAGAACAGCUUCUCCUCCUCCCCCUCCCAAAAGAAGGGCCUCCCCUUCCCCCCAGUCCAAGCGCAGAGUCUCCCACUCCCCACCGCCAAAACAGAGGAGCUCUCCUACUGCUAAGCGGCGCUCCCCUUCCGAAUCUUCCAAGCACAGGAAGGGGUCUCCUCCCAGCAGAUCCAACAGGGAAACACGUUCUCCACCACAAAACAAAAGGCAUUCACCUUCACCACGGCCUCGAGCUUCCCAUCCCUCCUCCAGCCCUCCACCGCCACGCCGGGGAGCGUCGGCGUCGCCGCAGAGGAGACAGUCACCCUCACCCAGCAGCAGGCCCAUCAGGAGGGUGUCCAGAACGCCAGAGCCCAAGAAAACAAAGGCUUCCACCCCCAGCCCCCGGCGCGUGUCCUCGUCCCGCUCUGCGUCAGGGUCACCUGAGACAGCUCCCAAAAAACACCAAGGACCUGCAUCUCCUGCCCGCUCUCGCUCUCCUUCUGCAAACUGGUCACCUGCAAAAAAGGCCAAGAGCCCAACUCAGAGCCCAUCACCUGCCAGGAAUUCAGAUCAAGAAGGUGGUGGCAAGAAGAAGAAGAAAAAGAAGGAUAAGAAGCAUAAAAAGGAUAAAAAGCACAAGAAACACAAAAAGCAUAAGAAAGAGAAGGCAGCAGCAGCUGCAGUAGCUGCUGCUGUGGCUCCAGCAGACACCACCUCAGCACAGGGAGAGCAGGAAGCAGAGACAGAACCCAAAAAGGAGACAGAAAGUGAACCUGAGGACAACCUGGAUGACCUCGAAAAGCACCUGCGGGAGAAGGCCCUGAGGUCCAUGAGGAAGGCGCAGGUGUCCCCCCCCUCCUAGGCCAACCCUUUGAUAUAAUGUACAUUUUAUUUGGUUUGUACUCAGAAUUCAAUUUCAAAUUGCUAAAUGUGUUUGAGCUUUAGAAUAUAACAUUUGUUGUAAUAAUUGCUAGGUUGAGGUUCACCAUGUACAAAGGGCAUGGAUUUACAUUACAAAAGGUGUCCACAGUGUACUAGUGACAUUCUUUCAUUGACAGUCAGCAUAAUUUCAUUUAGAGUGAGACUUUUUAGAAGCAGUAGGAAUUUGUUUUGGAGGUUUGAAACAUGACCGUCAGUUCCCUCGUUUCUUUGAAAUCCAGCAGAGCCUUGAGCAGAAUUUGUGAGGGGCUCAUUUGACUUCUUUUGUAUCACUUACAUGAUGCUACUAACCUUUGUGGUUUGUAGGCUUGCCCAGGAGUAAAACCACUGCAGAAUUCAAGGAAGUACAUCUCUAUUUUAAUGCUUUCUACUGUUGCCUGUAUAGUCUCCAUUAAAGCCAAUCAAGAAUAGCAAUUUAGAGUGGUACAUAAAUGAAAGCAUGUUGUUUACCAGGACACUGUGGGUUUAUAUUGAUGUAACAUGUUGAUUUGGAACACUGGAAUUUCAUUUGUAUUUUUAUGUUCUUUUUUUAAAGGGCAGUUUCCAUGAUCAGCAGACCCAGAAAAAAAAAUAAUAAUUCCUUCAGUUCCAUAAAUUUUGUUUGUGAGCUGUCGUUGCCCCAUUCAUAAAUCUUGUCUCGUUACGGUUCUUCGGAAUGGUCUGAGCAACUUUCAGAGCUCUGUUCUUUGAAAGUUUAGAGGAACCUGAACUUUGGAUAUUGUCAUGUUUUCACUGUUCUUUGUUUUUGUUUUUUUAACUAAAGCUAUAUAAAGCUUGUGGAUUAAACAAAAUAAAUUUCUAAAUUUAAACAGA